UUAUCCUUCGUUUAUGCCGGCGACGAGUCCAGCAUUUAACGAUACCUAAUCCACAACUCGCUCCCCCUCUCUCGCUCUCCAGCCAUGACUUCCAUUCCGACUCCUCGCUUCCCGCCUUCCUCUGCCCACGCCACCGACCCAAACCCUCACAAGUUCCCCUCCAAGCCCUCGAGAUUCCUCCGCGCCCCUCCUCCCGUCGCGCUUUCCUCAUUCAAGAAAGCCUCCACCUCCGCCUCUAGGGCUUUCGAUUCGGGCCCCUGCCGCUGCCUGAACCGUCAGUCCGACUCCCCCUCGCCCGAUGGCGAUUCCGGCCGCCGGAGAUGGGAUUCUCUACUCCAUGAUGUCGUGAGGAGCGCGGUGAAGAGGUGGGAUGAUUAUGUGAGCUCGUACUGGAAUUCUUCGCCCAAGAAUGACCCUCGGACCAAUGUGCCUGCGGGGAAGGGGGAAGAGAAAGAGGCGGAGGGGAAGGAUGAGGGGAAGAAGUGGGAGAAAGAAGGGGAUUGGGAUUGGGAGAGGUGGAAGCGACAUUUUGCCGAGGUUGAAGAGCAGCAUAGGCUGGUCUUUGCGCUCAAGUCACAAUUAACUGAUGCUAUUAUCCGAGAGGAUUACAAAGAAGCUAUGAAGCUGAAGCUGGCAAUUGCGGCUGCAACACAAAAAGAUACUGUUGGCACAGCAAUAUCGGAUAUGAAUAGGGCCAUAGAGGAAGAGCGUUAUGCUGAUGCAGCUCACAUUCGAGACCAUGCUGGUGCAGGAUUGUUGGGAUGGUGGGCUGGUUUUUCGGAAGAUGGUGCUGAUCCGUAUGGUCGAAUUAUCCGUAUAAGUGCAGAACAUGGAAGAUAUGUGGCAAGAAGUUAUAGUUCCAGGCAACUUGCUACAGCUAGGCCAGGUUUUCCUCUGUUUGAAAUUUUUUUCACUGUGAUCAAUGGAGAGUACAAGCAGCAGGCAGUGUAUUUGAAAGAGAAUGGUGACUAUUCUGGAGGCUUACAUAAGUAUGAGAUAAAAAAUGAAAUUAGCAGUUUAAACCCAUCAGACACUUCAGCUGACGGACAAAAUGGUAUAUAUAAUGAGGACAUAGAAUCACUUGAGAAGAGAGAUGAUGAUUCGGAUGUGACUGAUGAGCUAAGCAGUAUACAGAACAUUUUGCGAGAUAUUAUUCCUGGUGUCAAGGUCAGGGUCUUGAAGGUGGUCGCUCCAGGGAGGGUAGACAGAGAUUUGAUUGCUAAAGUUAUUGAAGAGAUAAUAGAGGAAGAGGAUGAUGAAAAUGAUGAAGAGUUAGACAGAUUAGAGCCAGAAGACAUUAAAUCUGACAGUGACAUGGAAGAGACAGAAAUGAAUGCUGGAGAUGUACCUAAUGAUUUUUCUGAAGAGAAAAGCACCAUGCCAGUAAAAAUUGUAAUUGAGGGUCUCAUGCAAAAUCUGCAUGCUGAUGUGCCUCCAGAAAAUCUUGUCCGCAUGCCAGCAAGGCUAGAGAAAAAGAAUCACAUAUCAUUUUCCUUUGUUCCAGAGCACGAUGAGAGGGAAUUUGUUAAUAAUAAGAAAGGACAGGCUUCAGGGAAAAACGUUGCUCCACGUUCAUCACAGCUGAGUGCUACCCUUGUUAUGUCUGAUCUUGCCAAGGUCAUCUUUAGCAAAGAGAAGGUAACUAUGAAGGUGCUUAGAGACAUCGGAGAAUUAAUCAGUUUUGCAGCUAAUCGUGCUCAGAAUCAUCAACCUUUGUUAAGCCCAACACUCUUCAACCGUAUUGAGAUACCAGCAACUUCAGAUCCCCUUACUGGCCUUUAUGUUGGCGCUCAUGGAAUGUAUACCUCUGAAAUCCUCUAUUUGAAACGUAAGUUUGGUCAAUGGCAAGAGGAUGCUGCGAUUCAGAAGCAAGGGAAUUUGGAAUUUUAUGAAUAUGUUGAAGCUAUCAAAUUAACUGGGGAUCAUUCCGUACCAGCUGGUCAGGUUGCCUUUCGUGCUAAAAUUGGAAAACGAUAUCAGCUGCCUCAUAAGGGGAUAAUUCCUGAAGAAUUUGGAGUGGUUGCUAGAUACAAGGGACAGGGGAGGCUGGCUGAUCCUGGGUUCAGGAAUCCUCAAUGGGUUGAUGGCGAGCUUGUAAUUCUUGAUGGAAAGUAUAUUAGAGGGGGCCCUGUUAUUGGAUUUGUUUAUUGGACAUCAGGAUAUAAUAUCUUGUUAUUCUUCAACCGGUUAAAGCUUCCAGAUUAGAUUGCUACAGCAUGCAGAAGGUUUUCAGGGUAUCUCAUUUCAGAUAUGAAGGCUACACAAGCCUGUCUGGAAAUUGAAGGCUCGGAUUCUGUUAGCUGCACGGCACAUUGCUUACUGGACUGGACGUGCAGCAUCAAGCACCACCAGCAUCAGAAAAGAACUAAGAAAUCUGUCACCCUGCUUCCCAAAAUCAAGUCUUCCUUUCUGUCCUAUACUACUUGGCAGGCCCUCACAUAGUUCCAUGUACAUCAUCAACCAGUGAACUAAAUGAGGGUUGUAUUUGUUCUUAACCUUGCAAAUUUUGCUCUUACAUAUGAUGGCUUUUACUUCUUACCAUGUACUAAACCUACAAAUUAUAUGUGAAGAUGCAAUUAUCUCUAUAUGCAAUUACUUUUUUCCUGAAUGGAUUUGUGACCAUGU